AUGAACUUGGAAUUGCUUGAUCCUUGGGAACAGGAGUACCCGCAGACGAUCGAAGAAACGCUCGAAGAUGGCUAUGUCAUGACAUGCCGAUUCAACAGACGCGGUACAUUGCUUGCAGCAGGUUGCCACGAUGGACGAUGCGUUGUAUGGGACUUUGAUACAAAGGGCAUUGCAAGAAGCCUAACAGGCCACGUCAAGUCUAUCGCAAGUGUCAGCUGGUCGCGUAACGGUCGAUAUCUCUUAUCUGCAUCAAAGGAUUGGACAUGUGCUGUAUGGGAUUUGUUAACAGCUGAACGACUUGUACGUGUACGAUUCUCUUCUCCUCUCAUGAUGGCACAUAUGCAUCCAAGGAACAAUUUUCGCUUUGUGGCAGCAGUAUAUCAGGAUCGACCUGUGGUUGUGGAUAUCGUCAAUGGCAGGACCAAGGUCACAAGACUACUAGAAGAUUUGGAUGAGCAAUCUGGGAAGAACACAACGAUUUUCGGAUCAGCCGUAUCAUGGAACAAGAAUGGAAGCAGGAUAUAUGUGGGAACAUCAAAAGGUUAUCUCUAUGUUGUGGAUAGUGAGACACUCAAGGUGGUUUAUUCUACAAGAGUGACUAGCACUACCAUCAAAGACAUACAUUGGAGCCGUAAUGGAAAAGACAUCCUUAUCAAUGCAAAUGAUCGCGUCAUCCGUUAUUUUCGAUUGGAGAGACAUGAGGGCACACCUACAUUGGAGAACAAGUACCAAGACCUAGUUAACCGGAUACAAUGGAAUAGUGCAUGCUUUAGUGCGGAUGGCGAAUUUGUUAUUGGAGGUUCGGGGCAUAAAGCAGAGCACAAUAUCUAUAUAUGGGAUAAGAAGAUGGGAAAUCUGCUCAAGAUUUUGGAAGGUCCAAAGGAACCAUUGGAUGAUUUGACAUGGCACCCUGUACAACCGGUGAUUGCAUCCGUCAGCAGCUUUGGCAACAUCUAUAUUUGGACAAGUAAACGAGAAGAGAAUUGGAGCGCAUUUGCACCUGAUUUCACCGAGCUGGAAGAGAACUUUGAAUACGAAGAAAAGGAAGAUGAAUUUGAUGUGGUACCAGCAGAGGAAGUGUCUCGUCGCAAGGAGGAUGAUGAAGAAAUCAUUGUUGACAUUACAACGUGUGAGGAUGUUCAAGCGUUUGUGGACUCUGAGGAUGAAGGCUUGGAUGAUCAGGAGGAAGAGAUUACCUAUUUACCGGUGCUUGAGAGUGACAGUGAAGUGGAAAUGGAUGAUGCAAGGUCAACAGGCACGGAUCACCAUCAGCGUUCGCACACUGAAUUACACGCAACCGAAUCCAGCAAAUGA